AUGGAGUCCAGGUGGGAUGUGCUGAGCGCGCUGGGGGCCGUCACCUGCGUGUGGCUGCUGCUGCAGGUCGUGUGGGCGGUGGCCCGUGGAGUGUACGUCUACCUGCUGCCCCAGGUUCGCCGUGGUGCCCCGUGGCUUCGCGCACAGGGAGCCUGGGCAGUGGUCACUGGAGCCACCGGAGGCAUUGGCAAGGCUUAUGCCCACGAGCUGGCCAGGAGAGGUCUCAACGUGGUGCUCAUCAGUCGGAGCCUGAGCAAGUUGGAGCAGGAGGCCAAGGAGAUUGAGCGGCUGCAUGGCCGGCAGACUCGAGUCAUCCAGGCUGACUUCACCCGGGGCAUGGAGAUCUAUGCGGACAUCGAGGCGGGACUGCAGGACCUGGACAUAGGAGUGCUGGUGAACAACGUGGGCAUGGCUUAUGCGGGCAGAAAGCUGAAGAGGGUUCUGGAGUGGGAGGACCCUGGACAAAGCAUGACGGACCUGGUGAACUGCAACAUUAUGUCAGUGAUCCAGAUGACCCGCAUCGUCCUGCCCCGCAUGGUCACCAGGCGCAGAGGCGUCAUCAUCAACCUCUCCUCGGUGGCCAGCUUGCGUAGCAUCCCACUUUGUAACAUGUAUGCUGCAUCCAAGGCCUUCGUGCGAAGCUUCUCCAACGCCUUGGCCACAGAGUACCGGCCCUAUGGCAUCACCGUGCAGACCGUGACUCCUGCUAUCGUUGCCACGAAUAUGACCACUGGCUUCAAACCCGGACUCCUGGUCAUGCGGUCUGAAGACUUUGCCCGGGACGCGCUGGACACCGUGGGCCUGUCGUCUGACGUCUCUGGCUGCCUGAGCCAUGCCCUGCAGGUUAGCCUGAUGACUUUCCUCGUGCCCCAGUGGCUUCUACACACUCAGGGGGGAAGCCAGCUUUUCUUUCGGAAUGUAGACAGAUUAAAGGAAGACAACAUGUGA